CCCUCCCAAGAGGGACCUAGCACCUCACACAUGACCAGAAGCCCAUCUCCCUCCCAAAAGAGCCCUAGCACCUCACACACGACCAGAAGCCCAUCUCCCUCCCAAAAGAGCCCAAGCACCUCACACAUGACCAGAAGCCCAUCUCCCUCCCAAGAGGGACCUAGCACCUCACACAUGACCAGAAGCCCAUCUCCCUCCCAAAAGAGCCCUAGCACCUCACACACGACCAGAAGCCCAUCUCCCUCCCAAAAGAGCCCUAGCACCUCACACACGACCAGAAGCCCAUCUCCCUCCCAAAAGAGCCCUAGCACCUCACACACGACCAGAAGCCCAUCUCCCUCCCAAAAGAGCCCAAGCACCUCACACACGACCAGAAGCCCAUCUCCCUCCCAAGAGGGACCUAGCACCUCACACAUGACCAGAAGCCCAUCUCCCUCCCAAGAGGGACCUAGCACCUCACACACGACCAGAAGGCCUCAGCACUUCACACAGGACCAGAACUGUGCCAUCCAGGAGCACCCCUCCCUCCCAAGAGAGCCUCAGUACCUCACACAGGACCAGAACUGUGCCAUCCAAGAGCACCCCUCCCUCCCAAGAGAGCCUCAGUACCUCACACAGGACCAGAACUGUGCCAUCCAGGAGCACCCUUCCCUCCCAAGAGAGCCCCAGUACCUCACACAGGACCAGAACUGUGCCAUCCAGGAGCACCCUUCCCUCCCAAGAGAGCCUCAGUACCUCACACAGGACCAGAACUGUGCCAUCCAGGAGCACCCCUCCCUCCCAAGAGAGCCUCAGUACCUCACACAGGACCAGAACUGUGCCAUCCAGGAGCACCCCUCCCUCCCAAGAGAGCCUCAGUACCUCACACAGGACCAGAACUGUGCCAUCCAGGAGCACCCUUCCCUCCCAAGAGAGCCCCAGUACCUCACACAGGACCAGAACUGUGCCAUCCAGGAGCACCCCUCCCUCCCAAGAGAGCCUCAGCACUUCACACAGGACCAGAACUGUGCCAUCCAGGAGCACCCCUCCCUCCCAAGAGAGCCUCAGUACCUCACACAGGACCAGAACUGUGCCAUCCAGGAGCACCCCUCCCUCCCAAGAGAGCCUCAGUACCUCACACAGGACCAGAACUGUGCCAUCCAGGAGCACCCUUCCCUCCCAAGAGAGCCCCAGUACCUCACACAGGACCAGAACUGUGCCAUCCAGGAGCACCCUUCCCUCCCAAGAGAGCCUCAGUACCUCACACAGGACCAGAACUGUGCCAUCCUGGAGCACCCCUCCCUCCCAAGAGGGCCUCAGCACUUCACACAGGACCAGAACUGUGCCAUCCAGGAGCACCCCUCCCUCCCAAGAGAGCCUCAGUACCUCACACAGGACCAGAACUGUGCCAUCCAGGAGCACCCUUCCCUCCCAAGAGAGCCCCAGUACCUCACACAGGACCAGAACUGUGCCAUCCAGGAGCACCCUUCCCUCCCAAGAGAGCCUCAGAGCACCCCUCCCUCCCAAGAGAGCCCCAAUACCUCACACAUGACUGGAACCCCCUCUCCCUCCCAAGAGGGCCCUAGCACCUCACACAGAACCAGAACUGUGCCAUCCAGGAGCAUCCCUCCCUCCCAAGAGGGCCUCAACACCUCACAGAGGACCAGCACUGUGCCAUCCAUAACCAUCAAUCCCUCCUAUGGGGGCACAGGAGUCUUGAUCAGAACCACUUCCAAGUCACCCAAGACCAUUACUUCUUCCCAUGGGGACAAGGGAACCUCAAGUAGAACCAUCAUUCCCUUCUUUGAGAGUACUAGAACCUCAGACACAAUCACAUCCAUGCCAUCCAAAAUAACAAGUACUUCCCAUAAAGGAAUGGAAACCUCCAUUACUGGAGAUUUGAACAAACCCACAGACUGGACUAUAGCUGUUUCAGACAAAGUACCUGAAUCCUUAGGAACCUCAUAUAAGUCUACAUCUGCCACUGACAAAACCAUAGGAGCCACAGAACCAACCACUGCUAAGGGAAGUUCAGAUAAAACCAUAAUUUUUUGGGGAACAUCAGAAAAGAUGACCAAAUCCUUGGAAAGAACCACAAACAUCUACAAGACUGCAUCUUCUUCACAUCAAAUGAUGGGAACUUCAGAUAAAACUCCCCAAACUUCAGAUAAUACCACAAAAAUUUCAGGAGACAUUGGAACCUUAGAGAAGACCACACAAUCUUUGGACAAGACUAUACACAAAUCUACAUCAACUGCCCCUUAUCUACCACUUCAAGUUACUAGUGAGAAAACUUUUGCACCUUUCACACCCACUCUACACCCAUCUUUCACAACUCCCAAACAAAGCCAGGAAUUGAAUUCCACAAAAUCAGCCAAUAAUAGCUGGCCAGACCAGGAAACAGAUAAUUCAAGAGGAGGGUCCCAGAAUGGAGCAACUCAGGGGCUGCUGGAGGGGAAUUCAUUUCCCACUUGGGCCAUUGUCAUUGUAGUCCUGGUGGCUGUGAUCCUCCUCUUGCUACUCUUUGGCCUACUCAUCAUGGCUGUCUACAUGAUCAAAACACGGUAUCAUCAGACGAUUACAGACAAUGAAGAAAAUGAUGCAGAGGAUGAGAUUGGCCCCAAUUCUUAUCCUGUGUACCUGAUGGAGCAGCAAGCACUGGGUCGGAGUCAGCUCCCAUUACCUUAGUGAUCUCUCUACAGGGUCCCAAGUUCAAAUCCUUAAUGACUUAUUCCUUGUCUUAGUCAGGAAUAAGAAUUCCUUCCCUGUUUCCUAGACUCUAGGAAGAGCUAAGACUCCUGGCAUUAUCAACUUCAAUCCUUAAGCCAAGGUACUGGAAGGAGGGGUCUACCACCACUGGGUCAGAGUAAAG